UGCGCCCGGCAGGUGCUGAUGCGGGCCCGGCUGAACGACACGCUCCAGAAGAUGCUGAGGAUGCAGCUGAUGACCAGGCCUCCCGGCUUCGUGCGGAUGCUGCGGCUCCUCCAGAUGACCGAGGCCUGCGAGGCCGCCCUGGCUAGCAGGGAGCUGUUCCCAGGGGAAGAAGAGGCCCGUGUGGACGUUGGAGUCCUGGCAGCAGCCGCCCAGGCCGCCCCGGCCCAUGAGGCCAUCACCGCGGGCACCACUGCGGAUGGCACCAAGGCCUCCCCGGCCGGUGAAGAUACCUCCACCCAGGCCGCCCUUUCCAAGCAAGGUAGCGCCGAGGACCACCCGGCGCCCGAAGAGGCCAGUGAGGCCGUUGCGGGCACUGCCAAGGCUGGCGAGGCGGGCCCUGAAGACCAUGGUGCCGCCAGGGCAGCCCCUGGCCCUGGGGAGACCAGCAAGGCCUCCGCGGCCACUCAGGAAGGUGGAAGAGCUCCCGGCCCUGCGGGCCUAGGUCCGGCAGGACCCACACAUGCCCGCGGAGUCCCCAUGCCUGGCCGGAUGGGCAGUGCUUCCCCGGUGGCCCCAGGAGGUCCUGGCAGGGAGCCAGAGGGCCUCGCCCAGGCAGGAGGCCAGCAGGCCGAGGAGACCCCCGAGGAGGGGCUCCAGCAUGUCCCAGAAGAGCCGGGAAAUGAGGACGGGGCUGCAGAGAUGAGCCCCCCGGGGUCGUCCUCGGGCCAGUAGGCUCAGCAGGCCCCGGGGCCCCCAGGCUUGG